CAUUGUUUUUUGAUAUAUCCCGAAUUAUUCCUAUGGCUAUGAACACUGAUCUGUCCUCCUCUGAAACCAAUGAAGAAGAAGUGAUGCUGGAAAUAAAGGGUGAUGACAACAUUCAAGACAAUGAGACAAAAACAAUAGGUUCAGUUGAACUCACAGAGCUCACCUUAGAGUCGCCUAGUGAAGGUGGCACAAGCACUGCAGAAGCCCACGAAAAGUCUGGCGAUCUGAAAUUGAAAGCAUCAGAGGAAAAUUCUACAAGAUCAAUAGGGAGUACUGAAGUUCAAAUGAUGCUAUUGUCACUGUUGUUAGCGGUAACGAUGUUUAUUGCAGGAGGGGCAUAUGCAGCUCUCCUUAAUUUUCAUGAAGUUUUUUCUAACACGGAGCAUGUUAAGACUGUGAACCUUAGCAUCUUUGAGAUUUUGACAUUUCCAAGUGGUACAACAGAAGGCUUUCUUUUCCUUAGUGCAACAACAGCAGCUUUCAUGACAAGUAUGUCGGUAAUUUCGUAUGCCUUGUGCCUGAUCUGUGGGAGAUGGACUUCUUUGGCCACUUUGUCGUUGUUUGUAAUAGCGGCAAUGUGUCUUGCAAUGUUUCUUAGUUUUUUUGCUAUGUUGAGUAAGCUUGUUCCCCACUUCGUCACAGUAGGUGGAGGCCAUGCCAAAGUUCCAGGAGCUUGGAUUGUAGUAUUCUACAGUAUAUACAUGAUGGUUCUUAUACCUACGAUACUGGCAUUUAUUGUUCAAAGGGUAAUUCAUGGAAAGUACAUGUAAAAUAGCGAAGUUUGACAUUCUACUCUAGGGUGUAAUCUAGGACUAGCCUCACAUCCUGGCCCACUAAAGUGCCAUGCGAUGAUUAGUUGUUGAUUUUUGUAAUUGUGUACUCUCUCGUCCCAAAAAGAUUGUUUUCUUUUAACUUGACACAAAAUUUAAAAAAUAAAAAAAGAUUUUUAAAAUGUGUGGUCCAAAUAAGUCUUAGAUAUUUGUAUGGUUGUAAACCCUCUCAUAAAGUUAAAUUGUUUCUAAAUAUAGAAAGAUGACAAUCUUUUUCGAACAGAUUAAAGAGGAAAGGAGGAUAAUUUUUUUGAGACAAAGAGAGUAUAUUUUUCGCUUUUAGACACAUGCAACUAUUCAAGUAUAAAUAAUACU